UCGGGUUUCUUCUCGGCUUGGGUGUAGUGAAUUUUACCGAUUGUUAGGGCUAAAAUGCGGCUAAAACCGGGACAGUUGGGGACAUAUUUAUAAAAUUACAGCGUCGUACAGCAGCCAGUGGACGGUAUCACCUCAACACAAGAUGUCCAACUCGAAAUCGGCUCCAAGCCAUCGUUCUGACGAACCAGCAAACACCCAUGGUCGUAGUUUUUCACAACUUGAGAGUUGGAAGAGAUGUUGGAGUUGCAGACCAUUCUGAGGUGUCUUGGGACCGUUGGAAGCCCGGGGAGGAGGCGUACGUGGUGGCCAAGUACGACUACACGGCCCAGGGCAGCCAGGAGCUGAGCCUGCGCAAGCACGAGCGCCUGGUGCUGCUGGACGACAGCAAGCACUGGUGGAAGGUGCAGAAUGGGCAGCGGCAGUGGGGGUUUGUGCCCUCCAACUACGUGAAGCGGGAGAAGCCCUCCCUGUUCGACAGCAUCCGGCGCGGGGUGCGCAAGCGCAGCGAGGCCAAGCUGUCCCCGGCCUCGUCCCCCGUGGCCACCAAGGCCGGAGGGGAGCCCGAGGAGGAGGAGGCCUCGGCGGUGGGCACGGCCCUGGUGCGCUACAACUACGAGGCCAAGCAGGCCGACGAGAUCUCGCUGGCCAAGGGCACCAGGGUCCUCGUCAUGGAGAAGUCCAGCGACGGCUGGUGGAAGGGGGAGCACUGUGGCAACGUGGGCUGGUUCCCCUCCAACUACGUCCAGGAGGAGGCGGAGCCGGCCACCCCGGAGGGGGACACGGUGCAGCCCCCGGCCAAGGCGGCGUCGCCCCCCACGGUGCUGGAAACGGUGGUGGCGCUGUACUCGUUCACGCCGAUGAACGAGGAGGAGCUGAGCUUCGCCAAGGGGGAGCAGCUGGAGGUGGUAGACAAGCCCGAGAACGACCCGGACUGGUGGAAGGCUCGCAACCAGGCCGGCCACACGGGGCUCGUGCCCAAGAACUACGUUCAGGUGGUGGCCUCCCCACGAGGGGGCGGGACGGCGUCUCCCCCCGCCUCGGGAGGAGGGCCCCCUCCCAGCCUGGACCCCCACCGUGGGGGGGGCAGCCCCCCUCCCCCCGUGCCCCAGGUGGUCUCGGUGGUGGCGGGGGGCCAGCAGCCCAGGGGCCGCCCAGAGCUGCGGGCCAAGGAGUGGUACUUUGGCAGCAUCCCCCGCAGCCAGUGCGACCAGGUGCUCAACGAGUGCGCCCAGGACGGGGACUUCCUCAUCCGCGACAGCGAGACCAACGUGGGGGACCUGUCGGUGUCCCUGAAGGCGCCGCUGCGCAACAAGCACUUCCGGGUGCACGUGGAGGACGGGGUGUUCUGCAUCGGCCAGCGCAGGUUUUCGCAGCUGGAUGACCUGGUGGAGCACUACAAGCGGGCACCCAUUUACACCAGCCCCAAGGGGGACAAGAUGUUCCUGGUCAGGCCCUUCAAGAGGCCCUGAGGGGACGG